AGAAGAAGAAAAAAAACAAAACACAGACACAGGACAGCGGCGUGAACUCUGCAUAUAGAGCAUCUUUGGUGUACUACUACUAUGCUCUUUCUCACUAGAACGCCUUGUAUUUAUUCGCACGUGAUAUGUCACCUCGCGAACACACAGCUCAACAUGCUGACAUCGCAGAGCACCAGGAACCUGUUUAACCAGCUCAGGAGCUUGUCUCACCUGACGGGGGUUCGUCCGCUUACCACGCACGCGCUGCAUCCCAUCCGUCAUCCUCAAAACAAACGGUUGGAGAGCAGAGCUGAUGGUGUUAGGUGGAGGAAGAACAUCCACCUGACACCACCGAGGCUGGAGAACCCCCCGCAUGUGCAGAAAAGUGAGCUGUCUGAAGGCGCGUAUGACAAGCUGGCAGAAGAGACAAUGGACGCCCUGACCGAUUAUUUUGAGGACCUGAUGGAUGAAGCUUUCACUGGAGCGGACUACGACGUUGUCUACUCCCCCAUCACUGUAAAUCGGAGGACGUGUUCACAUGACCCGCAGUAUCCUGGUUACUAUAAAUCCACGUCUAGUAGGGCUGAAACAAGUCCUCAAGAAGCUGGAGUUAACUACGAUGUCUUAAGCAUAGACAUGCAGCACCGGCAUGAAGUUAAGUGUGGCCCAGCUCAUAAAAUAUGAAACAUGAUGACUGAGAAUCAUCGAUGCAAGUUCUUUGCACAAAUCAUUCUGCUCGUUACUCUGGAUGAGUUGAAUGGCCACAGUGCUCUGUGCCCUCUACCUGGUAGCCUAACAUCCAUUGUGAGUUAACAUAAACACAUGGCUAUAGUUCUAUCAUUAUUUUAUUACACAUAUCACGGCCUUUAUCGGAACAUCUGAUGCUUCUGGAAAUGUUUGCCCUGUAAAAUCAUAUUCUGUAAAUCAAAACAGCAGAUCCGGUAAGAAAAACAAGCAGUCCAAAAAAGGACGUGAACUUUGUGUCGAUAAAUCCCAUCAGGCUCUCAAACUUUCACUGGCCAGAGGAGAGUGAGCUGUAGGAGUGUUGGUAGAGGGGCUGUAGGUGUGGGCUGUUCACACCCCGUUACACCUCCAUGCUCCAUAAAGCUCUUUCAGGCGAGGCCUGCUGUUUGGCUGCCGGGCUCUGUUGCCUGAUUGAUUUCUUGCCCAGUAGAAUCGACACACUUAGUUGUUCUCGCUGGCAGAUGACUCAAGUUUAUCCGGCUGGAGGCUUAAAAACUGUAAAUCCCGGAGAUUCACAGAAACGGUGAGAGACCUACGCUGACCCAUCAGAGAGGAGGAGACAUAUUCAGGACGGAGGGACAGGUAGAGAGGACCAGAGAGCAGGAGACAGUGACAAGCCAGAGCAGCUUUAGCUUUCUUUGCAGUAUGGGAGUUCACCUUUUUAUUUCUAUCAAUUUUGAUAACAUUCUUCUCACCAAAUUCAAAUAGUUAUAUUUUAGAGUGAAGACUUGGUUUUCGGUUAGGGUGAGGUUUAGGUUAAGGUUAGGGUAAGUUGGGUUUAGCUUAGCAUCGCUGCGCCUCAUGUCCUCUCUAUAAAGAUGUGUUGCUCUGCAGUCUACACUUACUUCGGUAAUGCUCUGGCUUGUCCUCUAUCACCACCGUGAGGGAAUUAUUUUGAUAGGAUAAAGCGGCGUGACAUAUUCCCGAGCACAGUCCUGCUUUUAAGGGAGCUAACGGCUAACGCUAACGGAGGUUGCAUUGACUUAUGAUGCAUGCAAGCCUUAAAGAUGAGUGUACGGGGCGAAGGUAAAUAAUGACAUUGAAAUUUAGUUUUU